UCCGUCCUUCCACGCUCUUCUUUCAGUUUCGGUUUCCUCGUUCGCUGGGGGUGACUGACUGUGGGACGAGUGUCUGCCUCCUUGAUAAAUUGUGACGUUCCCUGAAAGCAGCUGCCACCUGCAACAUUUGCUACAGUUAUAUCCUCAGCGUCCGCCUCUGUGCCCGGCACCAGAGCACUCGGUGAAGUAUUUGUGGCAGACCCACACGGACGGAAGCAUUCGCACACCUCCAUGUUCUGCAACUCUGCCCUCGAUGCCGAGAAACCCGGCACUCCACCACCCUUCUUGAAUUCUCACUGACGUGGCCUCCGAUUCUGACCCCACACGACAAGUGCGUGAAGGGAUCAGAGACUUCCUGGCAUUGGUGGAAUCUAUCAGGAACCUGAUAGAGAGGUCUGCCGGCUCCCCUGGUGCUGUCAGUAUGCACAUGCGCACAUCACUUUUCCUGAUAAGCGCGGUCGGAGCAAGCUGGGGUGGGGCCGCCAGGGUUUCUUUACGGGCAGCAGGACUUCCAGGCUGCAGUGCACUGGCCGAUCUGGAAAUGAAACAGGUGGCAUUAAGUUCUAUUUAGACAGCCUGGACACUCGAAGAAGAGGGAAUAGUCUUGUAGAAAUGAUUGACAGACAAAGAAGUUGCAGGUGAAGAAAGAAAACGGACAUUUAUUGACUACUCGCUGUGCUGCAGGCACUGUGCCGUGUCACACGUAUACAUACCCAUUGUCUCCUCCUUGCGUUCCUCCAUCACCACAGACCAGGAAACUGAGGCACCAACAUAUAGGGAAAGGGCUGGUGGGGGAACCUAAGCCUGUUUGGCUCCAAGGCCUAUAUUUUCCACCACGAUGUGCUUCCACAAAGGAUCUUUGGCCCUUCCUGGUCUGACUCCAAAAGUAGGGAAGCUCAUCCUGCCAGAGGUGGGAAUAUAUUUGGCCUCAGGAGCCUGAGCCACGCAGCCGCUUGUGUUUCUCAUCAGGCCAUCUAGCUGUCUGCUGAGGCUGGGCCACACAGGCGAUUGUCAUGCUGCCAGAGGGCAGAAUGGAUGCAAACCUAUUCCAUAGAAGACGUCUGUCUUCCACGGAUUCCCUGGGCAUCGUUUAGUCAAUAGAAUCCUGCAAUCGUAAACUGAACUUACAGGACUCAGAUACACGUGCCUGUGUGCACACGCACGUGAGAAGUGUUGCUGUGAGCACCAAUAGAUUGAAGGUUGUCUUAGUCUUUGCUCUCAGCAUUGGUGCACUUGUAAUAUACUUCAUAGAUUCGUCAAACCCAAUAGAAUCCUGCCAGAAUUUCUACAAAGAUUUCACAUUACAGAUCGACAUGGCUUUCAACGUGUUCUUCCUUCUCUACUUUGGCUUGAGGUUUAUUGCAGCCAACGAUAAGCUGUGGUUCUGGCUGGAAGUGAACUCUGUGGUAGAUUUCUUCACGGUUCCCCCAGUGUUUGUGUCUGUGUACUUAAACAGAAGUUGGCUUGGUUUGAGAUUUUUAAGAGCUCUCAGACUGAUACAGUUUUCAGAAAUUUUGCAGUUUCUGAAUAUCCUUAAAACAAGUAAUUCCAUCAAGCUGGUGAAUCUGCUCUCCAUAUUUAUCAGCACAUGGCUAACAGCAGCUGGGUUCAUCCAUUUGGUGGAGAAUUCAGGGGACCCAUGGGAAAAUUUCCAAAACAACCAGGCUCUUACGUAUUGGGAAUGCGUCUAUUUACUCAUGGUCACAAUGUCCACUGUUGGCUAUGGGGAUGUUUACGCAAAAACCACACUUGGGCGCCUCUUCAUGGUCUUCUUCAUCCUCGGGGGACUGGCCAUGUUUGCCAGCUACGUCCCUGAAAUCAUAGAAUUAAUAGGAAACCGCAAGAAAUACGGGGGCUCCUAUAGUGCGGUUAGUGGAAGAAAGCACAUUGUGGUCUGUGGACACAUCACUCUGGAGAGUGUUUCCAACUUCCUGAAGGACUUCCUGCACAAGGACCGGGAUGAUGUCAACGUGGAGAUUGUCUUUCUUCACAACAUUUCCCCUAACCUGGAGCUAGAAGCUCUGUUCAAACGACAUUUUACUCAGGUGGAAUUUUAUCAGGGUUCAGUCCUCAAUCCACAUGAUCUUGCAAGAGUCAAGAUAGAGUCAGCAGAUGCGUGCCUAAUCCUUGCCAAUAAGUACUGCGCUGACCCUGAUGCUGAAGACGCCUCCAACAUCAUGAGAGUAAUCUCCAUAAAGAACUACCAUCCGAAGAUAAGAAUCAUCACUCAGAUGCUGCAGUAUCACAACAAGGCGCAUCUGCUAAACAUCCCAAGCUGGAACUGGAAAGAGGGGGAUGAUGCAAUCUGCCUCGCAGAGCUGAAGCUGGGGUUCAUAGCCCAGAGCUGCCUGGCUCAAGGCCUCUCCACCAUGCUCGCCAACCUCUUCUCCAUGAGGUCAUUCAUAAAGAUUGAGGAAGACACGUGGCAGAAAUACUACUUGGAAGGAGUCUCAAAUGAAAUGUACACAGAAUAUCUCUCCAGUGCCUUCGUGGGUCUGUCCUUCCCUACUGUUUGUGAGCUGUGUUUUGUGAAGCUCAAGCUCCUGAUGAUAGCCAUUGAGUACAAGUCCGCCAACCGAGAGAGCCGUAUAUUAAUUAAUCCUGGAAACCAUCUUAAGAUCCAAGAAGGUACUUUAGGAUUUUUCAUCGCAAGUGAUGCCAAAGAAGUUAAAAGGGCAUUUUUUUACUGCAAGGCCUGUCAUGAUGACAUCACAGAUCCCAAAAGAAUAAAAAAAUGUGGCUGCAAACGGCUUGAAGAUGAGCCGCCAUCAACACUGUCCCCCAAAAAAAAGCAACGGAACGGAGGCAUGCGGAACUCACCAAGCUCCUCACCCAAGCUGAUGAGGCAUGACCCCUUGUUAAUUCCUGGCAAUGAUCAGAUUGACAACAUGGACUCUAACGUGAAGAAGUAUGAUUCUACUGGCAUGUUUCACUGGUGUGCACCCAAGGAGAUAGAGAAAGUCAUCCUGACUCGAAGUGAAGCCGCCAUGACCGUCCUAAGCGGCCACGUCGUGGUCUGCAUCUUUGGUGAUGUCAGCUCAGCCCUGAUUGGCCUCCGGAACCUGGUGAUGCCACUCCGUGCCAGCAACUUUCAUUACCACGAGCUCAAGCACAUCGUGUUUGUGGGCUCCAUUGAGUACCUCAAGCGGGAAUGGGAGACGCUUCAUAACUUCCCCAAAGUGUCCAUAUUGCCUGGUACGCCAUUAAGUCGGGCUGAUUUAAGGGCCGUCAACAUCAACCUCUGUGACAUGUGCGUUAUCCUGUCAGCCAAUCAGAAUAAUAUUGAUGAUACUUCGCUGCAGGACAAGGAAUGCAUCUUGGCGUCACUCAACAUCAAAUCUAUGCAGUUUGAUGACAGCAUCGGGGUCUUGCAGGCUAAUUCCCAAGGGUUCACACCUCCAGGAAUGGACAGAUCCUCUCCAGAUAACAGCCCAGUGCACGGGAUGUUACGCCAACCAUCCAUCACGACUGGGGUCAACAUCCCUAUCAUCACUGAACUAGUGAACGAUACUAAUGUUCAGUUUUUGGACCAAGACGAUGAUGACGAUCCCGACACAGAACUGUACCUCACGCAGCCAUUUGCAUGCGGGACAGCAUUUGCAGUCAGUGUCCUGGACUCGCUCAUGAGUGCGACAUACUUCAAUGACAAUAUCCUUACACUAAUCCGGACACUGGUGACUGGAGGAGCCACGCCAGAGCUCGAAGCUCUGAUUGCCGAGGAGAAUGCACUUCGAGGGGGCUAUAGCACCCCCCAGACGCUGGCCAACAGGGACCGUUGCCGCGUGGCCCAGUUAGCGCUGCUGGAUGGGCCCUUUGCGGACCUGGGGGAUGGUGGUUGUUAUGGUGAUCUGUUCUGCAAAGCUCUGAAAACGUAUAAUAUGCUUUGUUUUGGAAUUUAUCGGCUGAGAGAUGCUCACCUCAGCACCCCCAGCCAAUGCACGAAGAGGUACGUCAUCACCAACCCCCCGUACGAGUUUGAGCUCGUGCCGACAGACCUGAUCUUCUGCUUGAUGCAGUUUGACCACAACGCCGGCCAGUCCCGGGCCAGCCUCUCCCAUUCCUCCCACUCGUCCCAGUCAUCCAGCAAGAAGAGCUCCUCCGUGCACUCCAUCCCAUCCACCGCAAACCGACCCAACCGACCCAAGUCCCGGGAGUCCCGAGACAAACAGAAGUACGUGCAGGAAGAGCGCCUCUGAUAUGUGUAUCCACUGCCACCGUGUGUGAAACUGUAUCUGCCACUCAUUUCCCCAGUGGGUGUUUCCAACAGUAACUUCCCCCCUUUUCCCCUGUAGCCACCCCCUUUUUUUUACACAUAUUUGCAUAUGUAUGAUAGUGUGCAUGUGGUUGCCAUUUUUAUUUCACCACCAUAAAACCCUUGAGCACAACAGCAAAUAAGCAGAAGGACCAAAAGUUAUUUAUGAUUCUAGGGGAAAAAUAACCCAAAGGCAUGCUCCAGACAUAAAUAGCUCACUGCAGGAAGGAGUUCGCAGAGUAGAGGAGCGUCAUUGUCAUCCAUGUCAGUUAUGCAAAGCAAGUUUAGUUAAUGUAGAAGAAAAGUUUGUUCUGAUUGAUCAGGAUUAUCAGGGUGCUUCGGGUUUUGAUUUUGUUGUUGUUUUCCUUUCUUUCUUCUUCUUUUUUAAUACACACGCAAUAAUAUACACAUACACAUUUCUUUGAAGCAAGCAACCAAAAAGCAACAAAAACACAUCGAUUGUUUCCACUCUCACUCUCUGGGCUGAAGUAUCGCGAAGCAUUUAAGAGGCUUUCGCCAUUUGUGUAGACGAUUAUUAAGCAUCUGCUUUUGUAAGAGAACAUCCUAGCUUUUUUUACUCACCAAGGCCUUUCGUCCCAGAUCUAGCUUCCUCUGGGAGUUCUUAGGCACAUUUCUACCCUUACUAUGGAGGAAAGAAUCGUAUCCCAUUCGUGGAUGUAUCAAAUUCUAGUCAUCUAAGUGAACAGAGGUUUGAUUGCAUAUUAAAUUGUUAUUCUGUCUCCUUAUGCCAUAUGACUAGCUAUUUUUUUUUCUUUCACUUUUGACAUUUGGGAUGAAAAGCCAUAUGUAUCAUAAAUAUCAGAUGUAAGUCAUUAAAAACUGCCUUCCUGGGACUUUUACAUCUUUUAAAAGGUGAAUUACUUACCUUAUGUACAGAAUAAAUAAUGCUCAGGAAAGAGUGAGUAUUUUUCCAUGCAUUCUCAGGGGACCUUUUUACUCCCCUUUGUUUGAUUAGCUAAGGCCCCAGUGCCAGGCAGGAGCAGGGGCUGGGGCCAAGCUAGAGUGUGAGGAAGAUAAACCCAGCAGCAGAUCAUGUUUUUCUAGGAGCCAACAUGCUAAAUAAAUCAGAUUGUGGGGGGAUCGAGCCACAGUUGACUCGACAGAGACAAAAGCUAGCUACUACUUCAAACUGUGGGCACAGCUGCAUGGCGCUGGCUGUCCCAAAGCAGGAAGCUGGUGGGAAAAUUCCUCCUCCUCAAUUUCUUGAACACAGCCAAUUCACUUAGGCAGGUGAAUGACGGUAAUAGCGAACCACUCCUUAUCGUCAUGAGACGGGGGAGAAGAAGUGUGCAACAGUGAGCCAAACACAUUUUGGUAUAAUUCUUGGUUUUUUUUCUUUUGUUUUCUUUCUUUCCUUCCUUUUUGAACAGUUAGUAAAGCAUGAGCUGAAAGGUAGAAAAAUCCCUUUUUCAGCAUACAGUUGUCAGAUGUUUAUGCAUGCUGUAGGCGGUGCCUUAGUUCUUAUGAAUCGGCAAACUCCACCAUAACCGAAUUAUCCUGUGUGUGGACUAGCCCUGGGCUGGCGUAUACCUGUUUGAAGUGUCUACUUGAGCAGAUUCCACCAAACAGAAUAGGGGUGGAGGGGAGGAGAAAUAUGCCACAGUGGUACCAUCUCUAAAAAGGUGUUUUUAUGGUGAAUGCUUUGAGUUUAGAUUUCGGAUCCCCUCUCUCCCCUAAGCAUGAUAGUUUUGGAGAUUUGCUUGCUGUGUGAAUUGACAAGCACUUUUACUGACAAAAUGGUGAGGUUCAGUCUGCACCUGUGCCCCCACACCAAAGACAGGGCAGUAUUCAGACCAGGAAUGGGGUGGGGAAAAAUUGUAUACAUGUAUAUUAAAAAGCCCUACGAGUGGAAGAAUUUUUUUUCAAAUUAUUUUUGUCCCCAUAUAUAUCGAUUUCUAUAUUACGUAUAACUAUCUAUCCUUUUAUAUAGAACUAUAUCUAUAUCUACAUAUAUGUACACACACACACAUAUACAUGUGUGUGUGUGUAUAUAUAUAUAUAUAUAUAUACACACACAUAUACCCCAGUUUGGGAUCAUGAAGAGCUUUUCAUGCAUUCUUUGCAAAGGAGGUUAUAAAGUUGUGCCCAUAGAACAUUUAUAACUAUAAGAAUGUGCCAGUUAAAGUGCUCGACAGGAAAUAUGACAGUUUAAAAGCAUUGUAAAACUCACAUAGCUUACUUCUCUCUCUAAAGUGCAACAAGGAUGAAUAGAAUGGGCCAAGGUAUGACAAUUAAUGGUUCUGCAUGACCUAGCCACUGCUGGGGGUUUUCUUCUAUAACGUUGUCCUUGUGAAAACUUUUGUGACAUUAAAAAAAAAAGGAGUUACAAAUUUUA